UCAUACGGUUGUCACAUUCGUCAACUGACAUUCAAUCGUCGCUGGUGGGAGCGUUAAAAAGGCAUAAACCGUGAACUUGAAAAUUCUGUUUGCCGUUUACACUCGUCGAUACAGUCGACUGCAGACAGAGUAACUGUGAAAACGAGCAGAAUGACAACUAAAAUCGUUUGGUGGACGAUGGUUCUGUCAUUUAUAGGAUACUUGGCGCAUUCGGACUUCCAAGAAGAUAACGUGUGCUACGAGACAGUGAGUUAUCAGGAAUUACGCGAAGUUCCCUAUCAAGAGUUGUACACUGAAAGAUGCUGGUUUAUCUUCACUUGCGAGGGAUUGCGAACCAAUUACAUCACUGAGUUCUACACUACCUUCAGGAUUCAGGAGAUACCCUGUCCCAACGAUGAAACCAAGAAUGAAACGUCUCAACGAGAGUUGAGCAGUUACAAUUGCAGCUUGGCAGUUUGCGUAGACUCGCUGAUAUGCGACUGCGGUAACGCUCAUGGGGAAUGUCAGGGUCUCUGCAGUGACAACAAAGCGACAUCUGGAACUUGGAUCAUGUGCCCGUGGGGACAUAAGCACGUUGAAUCGAAUCAGAAAUGCGUUCCUCGGUGUACCGAUGAGUGUACAAAUGGAUGGUGCAAGCGCCCGUACAGAGACUGCACAUGCUUUGACGGCUACUGGAAAAACGGUUCCGAAUGUUUGCCAGUGUCCAUAGCCUGCGUUCACGGAGAACAAACAUCUGCCACUGAGUGCAGAUGCGACUAUGGAUGGGACGGUGAUUUCUGCGAUGAACCACUUCUAUGUGUAAUCGCCGAAUUCAACGGAAAAGAGGUUGCCAGUGGAACCAGUGUGAUCUCAGCACCACAUAGUGUCGUGACUACGAGUGAGGAUUCUGAAGAUGAGUGGAAAUUUCCAGCGUGCGAUCAAACGUGCCCUGUAGAACUCCGUAUAAAAGCUGUCAAUUCGUCCCAAUCUCUGACGGACAUCGUUUACCAUUUGAUUCCCAUCGACUUGCAAUGUAACGAGACGGAAGCUGAUGAGCUCAGCUUUUCAAACAGUACCAGCAACAAAGUGUUGGGAGUAUUGAUAGGAGCGUUAUUGAUUGACUUUAUCGUCGCCAUUUUGGUCAUCAUCGCAUGUAAAACGAGGAGAAGAAAAUACAAAAUCAAGGAUGCGUCGGUCCCAGAAACCAACGAUACUGGAAAGUUGCAAUUCGAGACACCGAAACCAAAAUUCUUCUCUUCCCUGUCCAAUGAAGUUACAAAAUCUAACACACACACUAGUCCCAACUACGAAUGAAUUGUCGGAAGAAUCCGACUAUCGCUUUUGACCAAAUCAUCGUGUCUACUCCCGGAACUUGUGAUUCAUCGACUUACGAGGAAGGUAUUCCAGGUCGAACUCUCCGAUUUCAUUUCACUUGUAAUACGUAAUACUAGACUGAAAACUAAGCGACAUGUAUAUUUUUUAUCUGCCAUUAAACAUUUUAAGGCGGUUAAACCACCGUCCAAAGUGAGGCAUGUCAAAGGGUGACUUGGCAGUUUCACCCACAAGAAUAUAAUAUUUUUUAAUCAAUCCAAUCGGAAAAGUUUUCUCAUAACG